AUGGCCGAACUGCUGAUUGAUCCGAACAUUCGUGGCUGGGUGUUUCUGCCCAUCGUUGUAAUCACCUUUCUGGUAGGAAUCAUCCGGCACUACUUUUCGAUCCUGAUAUCGUCUCAGAAGAAGGUAGAACUCACGCAGAUUCAGGACAGUCAAGCGAUGAUCCGGGCCCGGCUACUGCGCGAAAAUGGCAAAUACCUAACGCAGCAAUCGUUCGCAAUGCGUAGACACUACUUCAACAACGAGGAUACGGGCUACUUCAAGACACAGAAACGGGCACCACCGAGCCCGAAUUCGACCGCGAUGCUGUCGGAUCUGGUGAAGGGCAAUUUCAUCAACGUGCUGCCCAUGAUUGUUAUUGGAGGAUGGAUUAACUGGAUGUUUUCCGGCUUUGUCACGACGAAGGUUCCAUUUCCACUGACGCUGCGCUUUAAGCCGAUGUUGCAGAGAGGCAUUGAGCUAGCAUCGCUUGAUGCUGCCUGGGUAUCGUCCGCAUCGUGGUACUUCCUGAACGUUUUCGGUCUGAGAAGUAUCUACACGCUAGUGCUGGGUGAAAAUAAUGCGGCUGAUCAAACGCAAUCGAUGCAGGACCAGAUGUCUGGUGCCGCCGUAGCAAUGCCCCAAGAUCCCAAGGCUGCUUUUAAGGCGGAAUGGGAAGCGCUGCAGAUAACGGAGUAUCAGAACGUGCUGGCCAAUAUAGAGAAUGAGCUGCUGGCUAGUAACAGCUUCGCCGGUGACCAGUCGAGCCAAACCACACCAUUCCUACAAUCUAGUCGUAGUGAGGACGGAUCAGCGCUUCGGAAUUAAGGCGUUAGGGAGGGUCGGUAGCAAAUA